CAGCGGGACGGGCAGAGGUGCUUGUCACGUGCGGCCAUUACGGACAAAGCAGGCCCUCCCCCUAGACUCCCGGGUUCACGCGCGCACCACGAGAGCCCAGGAAAGGAAGGCGGGGCUAGCCUGAAACACCAAUGGAAGCAGGAGUGGGUGGGCCGCACUUAAGAAGCAGGAGGCGGGGCUUGCCCAACUGGGCCAAUGAGAACACGAGACGCUGAGCGGUUGUUAGGCGACUGAGACCCGCGCAUGGCGGACCCGGUACUGUUCGAGUUUCUGCACACCGAGAUGGUAGCGGAGCUGUGGGCUCAAGAUCCAGACCCCGGCCCCGGGGGACAGAAGACCAGCUUGUUGGUCCUGGAGGGCAUGGGCUUCCGUGUGGGCCAGGCCCUGGGUGAGAGGCUGCCCCGGGAAACGCUAGCCUUCAGGGAAGAGCUGGACAUCCUCAAGUUCCUGUGCAAAGACCUGUGGGUGGCCGUGUUCCACAAGCAGAUGGAUAGCCUCCGCACCAACCACCAGGGGACCUACGUCCUGCAGGACAACAACUUUCCCCUCCUCGUCCGGAUGGCCUCGGGUCUGCAGUACCUGGAGGAAGCACCCAAGUUCCUGGCCUUCACCUGCGGCCUCCUGCGUGGCACCCUCAGCACCCUGGGAGUCAAGAGCCUGGUCACCGCCUCCGUGGCAGCCCUGCCCGCCUGUAAAUUCCAGGUGGUGAUCCAGAAACCUUGAGGAGCCCCAGGUCCCACUCCCAGACGAGCUUCACGGCACCCCGGCCCAGAGAACCCCACUGCUGCCUGUGCUGGGGGCUGGUGCUGGGGAGACAGGGUCCCCGCACUGCAGGGUGUCACAGAUGCCCAACAGAUGGGUGUCAGAGGGAGGUGGGGGUGUCCCGGGGGCCAGGUGGUCCCCGCGGCAUUCGGGGCUGGUGUGGAGGGGGUCUGCACCACACAUGUCCCUCCACAGGGCAGGCACUCAAUAAAGGUUCUGUAAGUGGAA